AUGAUUCUCCACGGAAUUUUGAGGGUGCUUCUCGCCCUCUUCAUCGCCUCAGCCGAUGCCCACUCAUGGGUAGAAGAGCUCACAGUCAUUGCACCAAAUGGGACUUUCAUCGGAGCCCCAGGAUAUGCGCGAGGCAAUCACCGUCGUACCGAUUCGGGGUUCAGCGACACCACCAUGACCUAUCUGAUCCCGCCAGGCUCAAGAGCCAACGUGACGCAGAUUCUCCCCACCGACAAAAUGUGCAAGGACACACAACAAAAACAAACCCAGACCGACGGGAGCCCGCGACUCAAGGCCAGCGCUGGCGCUGCAAUCGCACUUCGCUUCCAGGAGAAUGGCCAUGUCACUCUACCCCAGAACCAGCCCGGCAAACCACCGAACCGGGGCACCGUGUAUGUCUACGGGACGACGAAGCCAAAGACAGACGAGAACCUCCUGGACAUCCACGGCGUCUGGAACCGAAAGGGCACCGGAGGGGAUAAACGAGGGAUACUUCUCUCCAAACAGAACUUCGACGAUGGCCAGUGCUACCAAAUCAACCCGAGCAAUAUCUCCGUGCAUCGCCAGGAAAAGUACCCCCACACGGCCAACCAGCUGAUGGGCGCGGACCUCUGGUGCCAGCAAGAUAUUCGACUGCCUGCCAUCGCCCCGGCCGGCAAGCCAUACACCCUCUACUGGGUGUGGGACUGGCCCACUGCCCCAGGUGCCGAUCCAAGCUACCCCCAGGGCAAAAAGGAGAUCUACACAACGUGUAUGGAUGUGGACGUGGUGGACACCGCCGCCAACCGCGUGAAGGUGGCAGGUGGCUAUGCCAGCGACCAGGAUAUCAACAAUGCCGCGAUCUAUGCACAGUUCGCGGAGCUGGCGCAGACGAGGUCUAGUAUCUCAUCCAUGACUUCCUCUGCGCCUUCAGUUUCGACCCCGAUGGCUGCCAUCCGAACCACCACGGUGACGACUUUGAAGACCGUGGUGAGGACCGUGCAUGACGGUUGCCAGCCCACUGGAAAAUAG